UCUACAGCAGCUAUCAGAUGCAUGCCUACUUGUUGAUGCUUUGGAGCCAUCAGUCAGGGAAGACUCAGUAAAGAAUUUUUGCAGCAGGGAACUUACUUCAUAUCAACAAAUUUUUGAGGGAGCAGAACUAGCAAAGCUGGAUAAAACAGAAAGAAGGUAUGCUUGGAUCAAGCGUCGACUGAGGACCAAUGAAGAGAUUUGGAAAAUUUUCCCACCUUCCUGGCAUGUUCCCUAUCUGCUGUGCAUCCAGUUCUGCAAGUUGACAAGGACACAACUUGAGGAGACCCUCAGCAAUCUUAACGAAAAGCCGGAUGUUGGGACAUUAUUGUUGGCAUUGCAACGGACUCUGGAAUUUGAGGAAGAAUUAGCAGAGAAAUUUGGUGCUGGAAAUGGUAGCAGAGAAUCAGGAAAUGAUGUCGGGGAAAGUAAUACUGAAAAUAGCAAUCAGGCUGUUUCAGACAUUCGAAAGAAAUAUGAGAAAAAGCUUGCUGCAAAUCGUACAAAUGAGAACGAGGAGCAAAAUGAGCACAAAGAUUUGUCAGUGCCUGGUGCCGGGUUCAAUUUUCGAGGAAUAAUCUCAUCAUGCUUUGAACCUUACUUGAUGGUAUAUGUGGAACUCGAAGAGAAGACUCUUAUGGAGCACUUGGAGAAACUUGUACAGGAAGAAACAUGGGAUGUUGAAGACGGAAGUCAAACUAACAUUUUAUCUAGCAGCAUUCAGGUCUUUUUGAUUAUCAGAAGGAGUUUAAAGAGAUGCAGUGCUUUAACAAAAAGCCAGACACUCUUUAAUUUGUUCAAGGUAUUUGAAAGGAUUCUUAAAGCAUAUGCCACAAAGCUUUUUGGUAGACUGCCUAAGGGUGGCACAGGGAUUGUAGCAGCUGCUACUGGAAUGGAUGGUCAAAUUAAAACAUCUGACCGGGAUGAACGUUUGAUCUGUUAUAUUGUCAACACAGCUGAGUAUUGCCAGAAGACGUCAGGUGAAUUGGCCGAAAAUGUGUCUAAAAUAGUUGAUCCUCAAUUUGCGGACAAGAUUGAUAUGUCUGAAGUACAGGAUGAGUUCUCAGCGGUUAUAACAAAAGCAUUGAUAACUCUCGUGCAUGGUAUAGAAACUAAAUUUGACACCGAAAUGGUUGCAAUGACACGUGUUCCUUGGGGCACGCUGGAAAGUGUCGGUGACCAGUCCGCGUAUGUGAAUGGCAUAAAUACAAUUCUGACUGCUAGCAUUCCUGUACUUGGAAGCCUUCUUUCAGCUAUAUAUUUUCAGUUCUUUCUUGACAAGCUUGCAUCAAAUCUUGGUCCUCGCUUUUUCCUCAAUAUAUUCAAAUGCAAGCACAUAUCGGAAACAGGAGCACAACAAAUGUUAUUGGAUACACAGGCUGUAAAAACAAUUCUUCUGGAUAUUCCUUCCCUUGGAAAACAGAAACCGGCAGAUGCUGGCUACUCAAAAUUUGUAAGUAGUGAAAUGAGCAAAGCUGAAGCAUUACUAAAGGUUAUUUUGUCCCCAGUUGACUCUGUGGCAGAUACAUAUAGUGCUCUGCUGCCUGAAGGUACACCUUCAGAAUUCCAGCGAAUUCUGGAUCUAAAGGGCCUCAAAAAGGCUGACCAGCAAAGCAUACUAGAUGAUUACAACAAACGUGGAGCAGGGACAUAUCAACCAGAUAUCAAGCCAGUCGUCCAGGCUGCCGCUACCACUACUGUUGCACCAGUUGUAGCUAAUCCAUCUACUCCUGGAAUCAUCCCACUGAAGGAAGAUAUCGUAGCAAGAGCUGCUGCACUUGGGAGAGGCGCUGCCACAACCGGAAUCCGGAGAUUCCUAGCUUUAACUGAAUCAUCUAACAGAGAUCGUAAAGACGGUACUUUCAGGAAGCUUUUCAGCGGAUGAAACCUAGAUGUGUUUUCUAUUCUGUUCCUUCCGCAAUUCAGAUUCGAUAGUUCUAAUAUUUUCACAACUCUAGUCACUCAACCCCAACCCAACCUUGUUAGAAAACCUCGUGCAUUUUUUGAGUUCUCUUGAGCAAUUUUGAUAUGCAGAUUUUUUGAUUUGGCAAGAAGGUAUAUGCAAAUUUCAGAAGCUUAUUAAUGGGUGUUAUGUUAAGAUCGCAAUAAUUUGGAGUAAGCCUCAGAAUAGCAAAAUGAGUUAUAGUUGGUUAGUCGGUUGUAAGAACUUGUACUCACCAAAAACGCACUAGUUUUGCAGGAACAUUUAUGUCCAUGAUAUUUUGCUUCCUCUGGUAAUUUCUGUCAGAAACUAUGAUACUUCUUGCCCAG